CCCCACCACCUAAACCGCAAAGAAAACCCUCUGCAGAUUGCUCGGAGUGUUGGUUUUUGGUGUUUUGAUUCGCCGCAUCUCAUCAAUGCAAGUCUCUUCACAAACCUUUUCCAACCACCACUUUUCCUUCCACCCAUCUCUUCCUCUCCGUCGUUUUGGCAACAAGGAAUCAGUGGUUUUCUUUUCAUCAUCUUUUCUAUCUCAUUCCAAUCCAUGCAGUCGUGCACUUAUAAAGGACUUCAUAUAGGGUGCCCUCCAUGUAGACAUCCAAGUUUGAGAAAUUCAAAUAACUUUGCUCUAAAUAGCAUCUUAUGUACUCCAAAGAAAUAUAGUGGUGUAUCUCGGCACUAUUUCAACCCAAAAGUGGAGUUUGACAGCCCAUAUGUUGAUAAUAAGUUGCAGAACUGGAAUAAAUUUUCCAGAAAUAUUGUUGUAAGGUCUGAGCUUGCUGAAACUGGAUAUCCUGAUGCUGGCUAUCCAUUAUCAGAUCUUCAAUUGAGCUCUAAAUUUAGAGGAAUUUGCUUCUAUGCUGUUACGGCUUUUGCUGCCAUUUUUUUGUUUGUGCUGAUGAUGCUGGCACAUCCUUUUGUGCUCCUAUUGGAUAGAUACAAAAGAAAAGCCCAUCACCUUGUUGCCAAAAUUUGGGCAACUUUAACUGUUAGUCCAUUCUAUAAGAUUGAGUUUGAGGGGUUGGACAAUCUGCCUGGGCCAGAUACUCCUGCAGUAUAUGUUUCCAACCACCAGAGUUUUCUGGACAUAUAUACUCUUCUCACUCUGGGAAGAAGUUUCAAGUUCAUUAGCAAAACUGGGAUCUUCCUUUUUCCUAUUAUUGGAUGGGCUAUGUUUAUGAUGGGUACCAUUCCUCUGAAACGCAUGGACAGCAGAAGCCAGUUGGACUGCCUUAAGCGGUGCAUGGAUCUCAUCAAGAAGGGAGCGUCUGUCUUUUUCUUCCCAGAGGGAACUCGGAGUAAAGAUGGAAAAUUAGGUAGUUUCAAGAAAGGCGCGUUCAGCAUUGCGGUAAAAACCAGAGUGCCAGUUGUACCAAUUGUUCUCAUUGGAACAGGCAAAAUCAUGCCUCCAGGAAUGGAGGGUAUAGUGAAUCCAGGAUCUGUCAAAGUUGUCAUCCACAAGCCUAUAGAAGGAAAUGAUGCAGAAGUACUUUGCAAUGAAGCUAGAAACAUUAUUGCAGAUGUGCUUAAUCAGAAAGGCUGAGGAAUAAAUCCUUCUUUUUUGUCCUUUACUUCUACAGCUCCAUGGUGAUUCCCUUGCCAUGGAUUGAAUUAAGAUACAUAAUCCCAAAGGUUGUGCAAAGCUGCACCAGCUGAAUCAUAUACAAAUCUUUUUGUUGCUGUAACAAUUCAGCAUUUUGAGGUUAUGCCAUCAAACAUUUAACAUGAAGGUUUUACUUUAUCCCAAAGACUACAGAUUUUGUUUAAGGCUUUCUUUAGGUAACACAACAUGUGAUCACACAUUUCCUUCCAGUUUCAACUUGUAGAUCCAAUGCUGCUGAUGCCUUCAGCUUUUUAUAUUCGAAAGAUUACUAAAAUUGGAGAUGACUGUAUAAAGUGAUAUAUAAUAAGAAUGCAUUGUGUUUCAAUUA